UGAUGUACUCUCAGACCAAUGUAAUUAUGGUUAUCCGUUCUUUAUCAUUGCUGUCAAGUUUGAGUUUGACUGGUCCUUCCAAAUGGGAUACGAAUGCACAGCCCUCUUACGCAGGUCGUUGUCACACUAUAAUGCAUCUCAUCGCUUGAUUGCCUCAGAAAUUGCACCACUGUCAAAAUCUUUUUCAUGUUUUAAUAAAUGUAAACGUAUACACAGAUGGGACUUGCACUCUAAUGUAUCCAAAGAUUGGAUUAAAGAAAGCAAUAUAAUGUAUUCAAUCUGUCAAAAUAUAUUACACCCAUAUUAUGUGUGUUGCUCUGUGUUCAACAUCUUUAAAAUUUGAGAAUUUUAUGCAAAACAUUCUUCACAAAUAUAAAUGCCAACAAAGCCUCUUGUGAACAAUUCUCUCAGCUUAUCAGAAGACUAUAAAAAAGGAUAAUACACCAUACUGCCUGUCCUAAUGUUGUAAGUGACAUGCUUUCAAUCACAAGUAGAAAAAAAUGUAAUUCAUUAAAAUAUGGACAGCUCAAUUCAAAAUUCACUUGGACCACCAUUAAAAUGUAAUUAUAGUAUACAGGCUCAAGAAAGAGCACUCCAAUCUAAGACUAUGUACUCCCAAACCUUGUCAGUCACUUGCCAAAGCCCUUGAUAGUCAUGGGUGCCUGAAACCACACAUACUCCAGCCAGUCUGACCCCUGUGCCCCUGGUUCCUUACAGAUGCUGGGAUCAGUAGACAGAGCUAUUAUGUGGUGUUUUACACGGGUUGGCAUUUUAAAUUGUAGUUUAGGGCGGAACCAACCUACACCGCAAUCCCUGUGAGACAGUGCCAGGACUGUGGUGGGCAUUAAACGAACGGGCCUGCUGUCGGACAAAAGGUCAGCCACAAACAGAGUGCGGAAGAUCUGCCUCAAGCAUGAAGACACACGUAGACAUUGACCUCCACCAGCCGAUAUCAGAGCCUCCAUGUUGAUUUCAUACAGCUCUUUGGGGAGGAUGAGGGAGCCACCCAUUAGCAGCAGCACGCGGGGCACCCUGCUAAGGGAGAAAAGCACCUCCAGCUGCUGCAGCACCUCCUCUAGCUCCUGAAGGGUCUGUUGACACUUGCGCCAGUCCAUGUCUGCAGCUUGCACCGGCCUCCGACUUACUACGUCUUUACCCUGGAACACAAAACAUUCAGCAAACACUAUUAGUUCAUCUCAAAUCCACAGCAUGUCUUCAUUUAUGAACAGUUGAAUUGCACUAUGUGUUCACACGUUUCCUAUUCACCUGCAUUGAGGCUUGCUGUUUAUUCUGGGAGUACACCAGCUGGUCAUACGUCAUGGGUAGUUGCUGUCUCUGAUAGAGAAUGCACUUGAGGAUCUCGCUGACGAAGCGACAGCAGCCGUCCUGGGUUACAGUGCCAGGGAAAACCACGUUCACACGGCCUUCGUCCUGCGCUUUUCUCAUCACCUCAGAAUCAAUGUCUGUGUUACAAUGUUGUUUACUGGAAUCUUGCAAACUUAUCUGACAAGAAGUGUCAUCGUCUUCUUGGGCAUUAUCUGCAGGGACCAGAAUAAUGUCAUUAGGAUGAGCAAUGGACCUGUCCUGCUCAAUUUUAGCUAGUUAAAUGAUAAUGAAAUCUAGCUUGGCCAGUGUUCUAAUAGUCAUUGCCCCCAUUUCCCUCAUGAAAGUAACAUACACAACUUCUGUCUGUCCGUGGUGGAGGAAUUACUCAGAUCCUGUACUUGGGCACAAGCAGCAGAUACUCUUAUCAGCAAAAGUCCUGCAAUUAAAAUUGUGCAAUUGCCUUUUAUAAUGUGCCAUCAAGGAACAAAGAUGUAUUUUCAUAAAGAAGUGGGCACCAACUACUGCUGGAUAGUUAAGGCUAAUCAUAUAUUCUUUGAUACUGUUUUGUCUGCACAAAUAACCAACAUCUGUGUCUGUAAAGUAACUGGGAAACUGUAUGAACAUAAUCCUAAAGAAGCUACACAUCACAAUUGCGACACUGGAGCUGGACCAUGAUUGGAUCCUUUGCUUCAUAGACUACUUCAAACCGUUCAUCAAACUUUAAUAUAAUGGAAUUACUGUACCUCAAAAUUAUAAUAUCUGUAGACCUACUGACGUAAAUGUGUUUAUCAACUAUUACCGUUAUCUCCGAAUAUUAUGUCCGUCUUAAUUAGGCAGUACUUUGAUAAAUAUAGUGUCGACAAGUUGACUGUAUAACGUUAUUACGAGAACAGGUGGCUGUUUCCCUCGAUCGAAAUUAAAAUGCAACAACUGAUCUCAGAAACGUGCCUGAUAUGAGUAACGUUGCUUUCAUGCCCCCCAUUGAAAACCAUGAGUGACGUUAUGUUACCCUCACCUUACCUGGAGGGCCGGUUGUGGAGGGCAAAGCGGUGUUUUCCUUGUCUUCAGCGUUGUACACAGUUUGCUGUUUUGGAUUUAGUCGAUGUUCGGGGGAGGCAUCUUUCAAGUCCAUCACGUUUGCCGUCGUUACAUGUGUGUUUACGACCUGUGGCGAGAGUUGUUCGGCCACUUCCGCAGACGGUCGGCAUGAAUCGGAGUCGUCGGGAACACUUUGUGACGUUACGUUUUUAGAUGUCAAAUUCGGUUCCACAUCUUUUUCGGACGAAAGCGUCAGGCGCCUCGUUAUCCUAUUGUUUCCGCUGUUAACAAUUGACGUAUUUUCCGAGCCAACUGGGUUUGGUGUUGAUUUCAAUAUAUUCGAGUCGUCUGCCAUGCUUUUGAAUGUCCCCGCUGGGUCCUUUUCGAACUGCAUCAUGGGAAACAUGAAUCGACAGCAAUGCCGUGUUCACGUUACACGGAAAGAUGAAUAUAAAUAAUAGAUUCCCAUUUAACAUGGUUUUUAACAUUCUUUUUUAGGCGGUACUUAAUUGUAAGAGCUUGCUGAAAUUUAAACGUCACUGACUUAAAAUGUUAUUUCGCUGGAGUCUUUGAAUUAAACGCUUUAAUCGUGUAAUAGUGCAACAAUUCAACAUACCUUACACUAAAGCUAUGUUUCGCAAAUGUUACAAUGCAUACACAAGCUUACACAACUUAUAAUAAUUGAAGUCAUCUUUUGACAACACAAAAUCGAUAUGAACAUGGCACCGAUAAGACCAAUACACGGCAUUCUUUGUUUGCUGUGUUGAAGUCCGGCUGUCGGUUUUUCCCGUGAGCAUCAAAUGCAGCCUGUUGACUCAAGCACUCCUUCGCAUUAUAAAGUGGACACAUUCGAUUUAUUUGGAUUUCGUUGUCAUAUAGUGUGUGUAUUGAUUAGAAACUCAAAACACAAUUUAAAGUGAAGUUUGACUGAGUCUCUUUCCAUUUAUAUUCGUGGAUAUCGUGCUUAUCCAUGUUAUUAAAUUGACAAAAGCCUGGGACAUCUUCCUGUAAUUUAUCCAAAGUAUCUUGAGUGCAAAGAGUUAACACUGCAAUCAUAUCAACCCAGAGCUACACGACAAAAGGAAUGAGUGAAGUUUACUGAGUCGUAAUGUAAUACACCCUAGUGGCUAGUUUGCGAAGUGCAUCGAGAAAGAGCACAGGCCCCAGGUGUGAUAAUUAGGUGUGAAAUACGCUGCAUUGAUGUUCACGCGGAAGGCAGACCUUUUUCCACAGAAGGAGAACACAGGCUAGGAUAACGUUUCGUUUGAUGUGUUCUGUCUGAUCUUGAUUAAUAAUGGCUUCAAUGCGAGUAGCGGUCCGUGUCCGCCCUUUGAACGAAAGAGAAAAGCAGUUUUCGUCGAAGGUUAUAAUUCACAUGAGUGGGAACUCAACAUCUAUUCACAAGCCUUCACAUGUUCGAGGGGACCAGCAGAAGGACGGAGGCAAGACCUUUUCGUAUGACUUCUCCUAUGAUUCAUCUGACAGAGGAAGACCCACGUUUAUAUCACAGGAGAGGAUUUUUCAUGACUUGGGGUCUGAUGUCCUGAAAGCUGCAUUUGAGGGUUUCAAUGUCUGUGUGUUUGCCUAUGGCCAAACAGGCUCAGGAAAAUCAUACACUAUGAUGGGCCACACAGGGGAUAAAGGUUUAAUUCCACGGAUCUGUGAAGGCUUGUUCUGCGAGAUGUCUCGUAGAGGGAAGAGCGAAGCUGUUUCAUUCCGCACAGAGGUCAGCUAUUUGGAGAUCCAUAAUGAACGUGUGCAGGACCUUCUCAAGAAGAGAACUACACCCUCAGAUGGAGGCUUGAGAGUGAGAGAGCACCCUCGGGAUGGAACCUAUGUAGAGAAUCUGUCCAAGCUCUUGGUACACAACCACAGUGACAUGGAGGACCUGAUCAAUCUCGGCAAUGCCAACCGCACCACGGCCAGCACCGGCAUGAAUGAGCUCAGCAGCCGCUCCCACGCCAUCUUCACCAUCGGCUUCACCCAGGCAUGGUUUGAUGCAGAGUUGCCGCGCGAGACGCUGAGUAAGAUCCACCUGGUGGACCUGGCAGGCAGCGAGAGAGCGGAUGCCACUUGCAGCACAGGCGCCAGGCUGAAGGAAGGUGCCAACAUCAACAAAUCCCUGGUCACCCUGGGCAAUGUGAUCUCAGCUCUGGCUGAUCUUAGUGUGCGAGGACAGUCAACAAAAAAGAAGAAGCAGAUCUUCAUUCCUUACAGAGACUCUGUGCUGACAUGGCUACUGAAGGACAGCCUGGGUGGAAACUCUGUGACUACUAUGAUAGCAACCGUCUCUCCUGCUGAUGUGAACUACGGAGAGACCUUGAGCACGCUGCGCUAUGCCAGCCGAGCUAAACACAUUGUGAACUCUCCCACGGUGAACGAAGACGGCAACGUGAAGGUGAUCAGAGAGCUGCAGGCAGAGGUGACCAGGCUCGGAAGGCUACUAGAAGAAGCCAAUCAGGUUUCCCGUGGGGAGCCAUCUUCCUCUGUGAAGGUAGAGGAGGAGCUGCAUCAGAAUCAGACAAGGGUCCGAGCACUGACCAAGGAGUGGACCAGCAAAUGGCGCGAGACUCAGAUUAUUUUGCAGGAGGAGACUGUGGCUCUGAGGAAGGAGGGUAGUGGAGUGGUCCUGGGCUGCCACUUACCGCAUCUGAUCGGCAUCGAUGAAGACCUGCUCAGCACUGGAAUAGUCCUGUAUUAUUUGAAAGAGGGCAGAACCCUGAUUGGGAGUGAUGAAGCAUUGUGCAGUCAGGAUAUUGUACUUCAUGGGCCUGGGCUCCUCGGUGAACAUUGUGUGCUUGAGAACCGUGCUGGGACCGUGACUCUGAUCCCUCAGGAUGGUGCAGUGUGUUCAGUCAAUGGCUCUGUGGUAACUGAUCCCUGCCAGCUGACUCAGGGUGCCAUCACACAGCUAGGAAGAGGAACCAUACUCCGGUUUAACCACCCGACUGAGGCUGCCCAGCUCAGACACAAACGCCAGAGAGGGCCGCUGUCUGACUUCAGCCUGCCCUUGACUGACGUGUCCAAGUCUACUGAGAAUCUGUCCACGGUGAUGCCGCAAAACCCAGGGCAGAUGAAUAUGCUGGCUGCAGAGACGGAUGAAGUACCAAGCAGCUGUCUUACCUUUGAGGCAAUGGAGACGCACAGGACUACAGCCAUGCCUGGACAAUAUCCCGUCUCUCACACUAGAUUUGAGUUGGAUGGAGACGCACUACAGGGUGGGAUAAGCACCAGGGAUGGCCCGGAGCAGGGGAGGGACUUGUGUCAUAAAUCAGGGCCAGGGCUCAUGUCUGAGUGGCCGUGGAGGAAAGCUCAGAGUGGGGCUGAAGUUGCAAGUUAUAACGAAAAGGAGGUUCGGUCAGGGGAUGCAAGCCUCCAGCAGACAAGCGUCCUGGGCCCGGGUGAUGGAUGUGGUCCGAAGCCAGAGGGGAAUGCUAACAAGAUCAAAGGCGUCAUGUCUGACUGCUACAAGGAGAGACCUGGCUCUGGUGGGAGCUCAUUAGGCAACAUGUCCCACCUGCAGAGCGGCAGAGGAACUGGCUCCACGUUUGUCCUCCCACAGACCAGCACUCCUUCUCAGCUCGACAUAGAACCUCUCAGCAGUCAGGCAGCAUGCUCUCCCCCUGAGGAAACUACCUUCAAGGGCCAGUUUGGUUGUGGAGAGAUGGAUGAAUCUGGAGGUUUGGAGGAGAUCCCGGGAGUGUGUGUGACAGAGACUGCAGCAGCCACAGUUCAACACUCGGGGCUGGGUGCUUUGGUCAGCAGAGUUUCUUUGAUUUUCCAAGAUGCAGGUCGUUUUCUGUGGAGCUCACCCACAGUAUUGCAGCAAGUCAAGAAAAUGGGACUACAGCCAGUUGGGGCCCGCUGGUCCAGCCAUGUUGUCUCUGUGGUCAGGGAAAGUAAUGUUCUGUCUGUAGUGAAGGACAGUCAGGUCUUCUCCAUGGUUAAAGCGAGCUUUGUCUUCUCUCUCUUCAAGGAUAGUCACAUUUUUUCAAUGGUGAAAGAUCUAGCUUUCAUACAGCACAUCCAGAUGGAGAUAACUCAAAGCAUUCAGGCUAUAGAGGCACCUCGGUUGAUUCAGGGCCACAUCAAUCCUGACAAAACACAAGUCCCAGUCCUGACACCAACGCAAAUCUUUAGCAAGGCAGAAGAAUUGCCAGAUGACGUGCCACUAAUGCCAGAAGAUAUCUGGACAAGGAAUAAGAGAAUCGGGCAAGACAUGGCUGAUAUUCAUGUGACUCAAGGACACAAACUAGUUACAGAGCUGUCGCCAGAAAAACACAGUGAGCCAGAGGUCACCCAUGCACCUGAAGACAAAAAUCAAGUAUUGGAGAAUUUGAGGACUGUGCCAAACGGGAACGACGUCCAAAUCUUUUGUCAAACGUUGAUAGAAUUUCCUGAUUCCCUUUUGAACCUGCAAAGUAUGCCAUUUCUUGACAUGAUGGAUACUUUACAGUCUAUCAUCUCCACCUCGGUGCUCACCUCCCAGAAGAUUGUAGCUCUCUAUUGGGUGAAUGUGGCUAAAUGCAGCCAUCCUGAGCCCCGUCCUGCCCUCCUGAUCCUGGCGGAGACUGCUAUCUAUGCCCUGAACGCUGACUUUGGGCUCCUGGUUUUGUUCCAUCACCUCCCCUUGCUCCAGCUGAAAGAGCUGCAGAUAGGCUUAGGAGGCCACAGUCUGCGUUUGAUGGGCGCUGCAGAGGAGAGCAUCCUAGGUGUCUACACCCACAGCCAGCAGCUUACCAAAGAGCUGUGCCGGGCCAUACUUGAUGUCAUCUGCCCCGGGGACAAUAGGGUGUCUCAGCACCCACUGCUCCAUGGAGACUUGAUGAAGUUGUCUUUCGACUGGUCUGUGCCGGACCUGCUGCUGGAUGCUGGUUUAAGGAUUUGCUGCCAGUUUCAGAAAAGUCUUGCUGAUCUGGUUUAUCUUCUUCAUUGUAACAUGGAUCAAGAAACCGUAGCUCUGGGAGAGGUGCAGAUACUACUGUACACAGGUGUAGGGGUGUGCAUCAGCCCCAGUACCCACACUGAGCCCCUGGCCCAGCUUUUACUCACUGAUACCCACCUUGGCCUGGUGCAGGACGAUGCUGUCUUUCACCCGACUCUACGCUCUGUCACCAUCGCGCCCUACCGUCCCCAAUUCCAUGACUUAACUCUCCGUCAGCGCUCGGAUGUGCGCUGCGUGCUGGUGCAUGAUGAAGACAAGCGUGGGGCUGUCGGUGUGGAUGUAAUCCUAGCAAAUGUGAGGUGCAGGGGUCACUCUGACAGCGUGACUAAGGCAGCUACCCCGUCUGCACAAGCUUCAAAUUCAUCUCAGCAUGCAGAAGUGUGGAAAUUAACUUUCAGUUGCUCCUCUGAGGCCGCCUCCCUGAUUAAUCACUUGUCAAAUGUCUGAUCAAGGACUGAACAUCCAGUAAUGAACAGCCCAGCUGGAAAACUCUCACUCACAGGGAGCAAAAGUGCAUCCCAACCAGACAACGCAAAGGACGGCAUAACUGGUAGAUGACAGUGAAAAUCCUGACCUAUUAUGAAGUUUCCAUAUUGAUUCAUUUUUCUAGAUAUUUUUUUAAUUGUCAUUUUAAUAACACAUGGCUUUAGCACUUUUAUCUUCAAAACCCUUGACUUUCUUUGUUCUUGAAUUGUUUUGUUCUUUAACCGCAUGCCCUGCAUUCUUUUUGUCAAAGAGGUUGUCAGUUUAAUGUGGGAUGUUUUAAAAUAUUUCGUUGAAGGCCUGACAUUGAGUAUUAAAAAUGUGUUUGUACCAGUUUAAUUUGUUUCAUGGGGAAUCAGAUAUUUUUAAAGGAUUUUAAAUUACAAAUGUGAUCUCCAAGUUAUCUCCCUGUCAUAGUUACUUAAAUUGUGCAUGUAUAUUUGUACUGUAUGUGAAGUUGUUGUUUUACAAUAUUUUAUAUAAUAGAUGAAUAUGUUUGUUAUAAUAAAAGGAAGGUAAAUCCA